GACAAUGACCAAGGAAGAAGGAAGUCCAAGUAAUGUAAGUAACAACGAAGAAGAGAUUGUGGCUAAGGAAAGGGUGUCCAAUGUGCCAAGAGAGGUUGCUGAUGCAAAACAAAAAACUAUACAAAACACUGUCCAAAGUCUUGUUGACCGUGUCAAAAAAGCAAGAAAUAGCAAUAGAUUUUCAUCCAUUUACACAGCUCCUAGUAGACUUAGAGAUCUCAAUCCUAGUUUGUUCAUCCCCAGGGUGGUCUCUAUUGGACCUUUACACAAAGAAAAAUUGAAUUUGAAAUCAACAGAAGCACGAAAGGCGGCUUUUGUAAACGAACUAUUGUCUGAAAUAGGUUUCAUAGACGAAACAUUACACAAUUGUGUGCAAAAGGUGUAUGAUAAAAUAGAAAGAAUCAGAGGAUGUUAUGAUGGUAUGAAGAAGACAGCAUAUAACGAUGAUGAAUUCACUCAAAUGAUGGUCAUGGAUGCUUGUUUCAUACUUCAGUUCAUUUCUAAACUGUCUGGAUCUGGUAACUUACUUUCAGAUAACCGUUUGCGCAGCAGGUCUAUCGCUCUGGACCUGGUGUUGCUAGAAAACCAAAUUCCUUUUUUUGUUCUCGAGGACAUCUAUGAGAGCACUAUCAACAAACUACAAUCAAGACCCUCUCUGAUUACCAUGCUUAGUAAUCUACUAGGAUAUAUCAAUCCCUUUACAGAUUGCAUAAAAAUGGACAAUAUUGGCACAGAAACGACUCAUGAUCACAUUCUUGGCCUUCUGCACAAAGUUUACCUGCCCAAACUUCCCAACUCAUCAACAAUAUCGGUGCUUCCAACAGCCCACUCAGCUGUAGAAUUGGACAAAAUUGGGGUGAAGUUUAGACCUAAAGAUGAAAAGAUUUGGCCAUUGUCAAUAGAUUUUCAAUCGUCUUCACAUAAGCCUACUCUUAGAAUGCCUGUUGUGGUUAUUGACAAUUUCUUUGAAGUAGUUGUGAAGAACCUCAUCGUAUAUGAGCAGUACUCUCCGGUUUACAAUUAUGUUACAUCAUAUGCCAUGGCACUGGAUAUGUUAGUUGAUAGUCCGGCAGACAUUGCCAAGUUGGGAGAAUCAGACGUCCUUGUCAACCACCUAGGCUCAAACGAAAAGGCUUCAGAUAUGAUAAAGAACAUAUGCAAAGAUGUUACCUUCUUAGAUUUCUAUUACAUUGAUUCUUGGAAAAGGAUGGAUACCUACUACGACAGUUAUUGGUCCAAAUGUAUCGGGGUGUUGAAGCAAAAAUAUUUCAGUAGUCCAUUGACUGCCGUUGGUCUACUUGCUGGAAUCAUAAUAUUUAUUGUUACGGUUGUUCAGCUCCCUUUCCAAAUCAAGCAAAGCUAAUCACAUCGAUUUAAUUUGUUUUUCAUUGGGAUACAUCAC